AUGGCUUCUCUCUCGUCGACCAUCAAGGCCGUCCGCCAGCCGGACCCCCGGUAUCAAACCCUGGUCCUCUCGGACAUCCCCACCCCCACCCUCUCCGGACCCGACGAGCGCCUCAUCCGGGUCCGCGCCGCUGCGCCCUGCCGCCACGAGCUCACCUGGGAGCUCAGCACCGCCGAUGCCUACACCGACGCUCCGGAUGACCGCCUCCGUGUUCCGUGCACCGAGUGCGCCGGCGUCGUGGUGGCCUCCGGCGCUACGGAUCCGGACAGUGCCCCGUUCAAGCCUGGCGACGAGGUCUUCUUCCGCAUCGAGGUUGGCAACGUCGGGUGCCUGCGGGAGCUGACCGUCGCACGCGUCGCCGAGAUGGCCCUCAAGCCGAAGCAGCUCAGUUGGGAGGAGGCGGCGGCGACGCCCUUGAGCGCACUGACGGCGUGGCAGGGCCUGUUCACUCACAGCGAAGGCGUGCUGGACGGGAAGGCGACCCGGGGAGACGAGGAGGCGCGCAAGAAGAACGGCAAGGCCCGGGUGCUCAUCACGGGGGCCGGCGGGAGCGUCGGCGGGUGGGCGGUCCAGCUCGCCGCGGCGGCCGGCGUGGGCGGCAUCGUCGCGCUGUGCGGGCCGUCCAAGGAGGGCUUCGUGCGCGAGCUGGGCGCGACGGAGACGAUCGACUACACGAAGCAGAGCAUCGCUGACUGGGCAGCCGCGGACCCGGCCGCGCGGGAGUGCGACCUCGUGCUCGACUGCGUCGGCGGCUCGACGCUGGCCGGGUGCUGGGCGGCCGUCAAGGCGGGCGGCGUCCUGCUCACGGUGUCGCCCAAGGCGGGCGACGCCCUGAACCCGCCGCCGGGCGCCCGGCCCGUGGCCAAGAGCGCGUGGUUCCUCGUCAAGGCGCUGGGCGGCGACCUGACCGAAGUGGCCGCGCUGAUGGAGGAGGGCCGGUGCGUGCCGCUCCUGGACAGCGUGUUCGCUUUCGAGGACUACCAGGCAGCGUUUGACAAGCUGGAGGCGGGGACGACCAAGGGGAAGUGCGUGAUUCGGAUGCCGGAGUGA